AUGGUUGACAAAAAGGUCCUUAUGAUUCUGAGUAAUCCAGACCUCACGAUUUUGGCCGUGAAUACGUUUGUUAAAGACGCGGCAGAUUCCAAUCCACUUGUUCGAACGCUAUCGGUCCGUACCAUGGGCUGUAUUCGUGUGGACCGCAUUAUAGAGUAUCGGUGUGAACCUCUACGUCGUUUCUUGAAGGAUGAAGACCCACUCAAUCCAACGGUAGUGGCCAAUGCCAUUGCAGCUUUGUUCGAAAUCUCAGAGGACAGUGCAGGAGUAACGGCUUUCACGAUUACCAAGAUAUAUGCCCGCGGACUUCACGAGGCAGAAGGGAUUAUUGAACGGGUGACGCCACGUCUCCAGCACGCUAACUCGGCAUCAAUGAUUUGGAUUAUCGGCGAGUAUGCCGAGCGUAUCGACAAUGCAGACGAGCUUUUAGAGUCGUUCAUGGACUUUUUCGAUGAUGAGACUGCCCAGGUGCAGCUGCAGCUUCUGACUGCUACCGUAAAAAUGUUCCUCAAGCGUCUCAAUGAGACGCAGGAAAUAAUCCAGAAGGUGCUCCACAAAGCCACGGAGGAAUCAGACAAUUUGGACUUGCGUGACCGCGAAUACUCAGAUAGAAGCGAUGAUACUUGUGCCCUUGAGCCUUCGGUUUUGGACCAGCUGAUCGGAAAGAUUUCGACGCUUGCUAGUGUCUAUCACAAGUUCCCCAGCGCGUUUGUUGUGCGGUUGACGGUACCGGAGGUACACGGGCGCCGCCAGGAUAAUCAUUACAGCGUCGACGGUGAGGGCGAGAGUGAAGGCUCUUUUGACCAGACAGAAGAUGGACGAAUCGGUCAGAAGGCUGGUGACCCCGUGGACCUGCUUGAUAUGGGUACUUUUACUCUUGGAGACCCUUCCUCGAUUGCGUCGGACCCUGUGGCAGCAACGUUAGCUAGUGCAAGCUUGGUCGACAUUUUUGGUGGUCCUGCUGCUCCGCCUGCUCCAGUGGGAGUCAGCGGUAAUGCAGUCCAGAAAAAUCUGUAG